AUGUCACCUCCUUUAAUUGGGGAAUCUUUGGCUAAAGACCGGUCGAAACGUUCGACCAAGCGAUCUGCGAUUUUGGGAGUUGAAGUGGUCGGGAACGCGGACGCAGCAGCGGCGUCGGCGUCGGGGGGCGAUUUUAUGUGGAAAUUUCCGCGCUCCAUUGAUUUGCCGCCGGCGCCGCGGAGAGCGCUACGAGCACGGAGACGUGCGAGAAAAUUCGGGGUCGCCGCCGUAAGUGCACGGGAAACGCGGAGACGCCGACGUGAGCGCACGCGGCAAGCGCAUGGGAAACGCCGAGACGCAGAUGCGCAGCGUCCGGCAAAGUGCUGGCCGCGCGCCAACUCACCAUUUCCAUAUCCCCCGCCGGCCACGAUGAUGCCAAGGAAACGAAAACACGCCGAGAGCACUCCGCUACGAAACUCUCCGCGCUAUGCAGUGCUCAAACUUCAGCCGGACACCGAUUGUGUGGCGUUGUUUCAAUUUGCGCUCUCACAAGGCAUCUGUGACAUUUCGUUCGUCACCUCACCAUUCGAAUUUCUAACGGAACUUCGAGACACCUCAUCACCACGUACCUCACGUCAUGAAAACACAUCACCGCUCACGACACCGUCUACCUCACAAAAUUCCACGGUUCAACCAGCGGCAACUACCUUUGGCACUAAUGGCGAAUAUACAGCGGCUAGCUCGGACACGAUCCCAUGCCUGUCACUUCCGGAAGACAAUCGUGCUGCCUCAUCUCGUGGUGGCUCCAUUGAUUCCGAAACACCACCACCGGCGUCGAUGGACCAUUUCAACACUGUACUCUCGACUUUGUUCGGAAAAGGAGAACCAGCCAAAGAUGUCAGAAUAAUCAAUGGGCCACCACCGAAAGCGACUUCACCACCGCCAGAGAUUCCCGGACCUGGUCAGAUCAAGUGCCGGCUAUGCGGUAUCACUGUCAGCUGCAAAAAAAUCGCCAAUCUAGCUGCACAUGCACUCAAAAUACAUACACCUGUACCUCUGUGGAAGUGUCCGAAGAAUGAUUGCGAAUUUGACCAUGCAGACUUUACCAGAGUACGCUCACACAUUCGCACCUCACAUCCGGAAUUGCAAGGUGAAAUUCCACGCGAUAACCGCAAUGCCACCACUGUACCUGAAGCACAACGCUACCUCGCGCAUUGCUACCCGUCAAUCGAUUGGGCUCAUCAGUAUGCUAACAUCUUCCCAACGGUAAAGAAAGAACGUCGCGAGUCAGUGAGUGAAUACAAGGACCCAGCUGCUGAUUGGUAUACGGUAAUCGAUGAAAGCAAUGUGAAUACACCAGUGCAAUGCAGUGCUUGCAAGCUUAUGGUCGCUCUGAACAGACACAGCAUCGAGGAUCACGUGAAGACUAUGCAUACUGGUGGACGUCCAUAUCAGUGUGGAAUGUGCAAGUACACAAGUGUUGAAGAGUGGAAAGUUCGAGUACAUGCCUCUAUCAAACAUCCGGAAACACCAUGUCUACAGAUGCUCACCGUCGCCUCACACAGUAAACCCUACCUCUACAUUCGUGAACUCUUCCCCGACAUCGCUGCACUACUGCCUGAAGAUGAAGUGGAUGAAAUGCUUUAUGGAUUCCGUCAGCUCAAUCCAUCUGUACUCCUCUCUGUACCAACCUCAAUUAGCUCACAGAAUGAUGCCGCCAUGGAUACUGCUGCCGAUUCUACCUCAUCAUCUGUUGACCUCAAAUCUAUCAAAGACACACUACACACCUCUUGUUUCCAACCUCCUGUAACGACGCUCAACGAAGAGACUCCAAUCCUGCCAGACCCAUUCCAAACCAUAUUCCUCGAGCUCCUCAAUAAUCAACAUGCACCUCUUCCUAUUAAACCCUCACCUAUUCGUAAAAAUCAUAGCUCAUUGUCGGUGGAACGAUUCGGAAGCAGAGUUGAAUGUGCUUUGUGCAAAGCACCAGUAGAAAGCAAAAGAACAAUGCUUGUCGGUCAUGCGAAAUCACACUGUCCACAGAGACAGUGGCAAUGCCCUCAUUGCGAAACUACAGCUGCAUUCCAUUCAAAACUGAAAUUACAUGUGCAAAAUGCGCAUAAAAGUGAUGCUGAACCUAUGGAUAUGUACUCCGCCGAACUGGAAAACAAAUGGUUAGAACUGUUUCGCCAAUGUUUCCCGCAGUUUGCGCAGCAGUGUUUUGUCGAAGAAUGGAAAUUCCGAUCUAAACAACAGCAACACCUACACAGUUCCACUGCUGAAGACUGGAGCAACAAAGGCAUUGAAAGUGGCGAACAACUUCGGCGUACAAUCCUAAUCGAACCUGACGAAUCGAAAAAAGAUGAAGUGAAAACAGAAAACCACGCAUCUAGCAAUGGAACCUAAUUGUGAUCGUCUGCUUUUUGUGGAUUCAUACUGUCAGUUAUACCAAAGCAUCCGAAAUUGUCUAACAUUGAGUAAAAUAACUUACAAAUUAAGUCCCUUAUACUUCAUUUCUAAGUAAUCGUAACUUACCCUAAUAACAAACCCUAUAUCAUGAUGUGUUUUAAAAUUGUGUGACGAAUCGUAGUUGUUUCCAUAUACGUCGUCUAUCUAUCAGGUUUGUAUAUAACCAU